CCCAUUUCCCCUACUCUCUUCCAGUCAUUUUCCAGUCAGACAUAUUAUGUGAAGUAACCAUGCUUCGCCGGAAACCCACAGCUAUCGCGAUAACGUCCGAAGACGUCGCAGCCUUUGAAGAAGCGCGACUCCGCCAACAGUCCGGAAAGAAGAGCAGCGACCCGUCCGAUGGCACAAGGAACUUCGCUGCGAAGUUUGAUCCGAGUGACGAAUUGAAACCACUCCCCGGGGAUAAAGCGCGGAUUGUUCGAUCGCAUGAGGAGCGGAUAGGCAUCCAUAGACGCGGUUGAGUUCGUCAGUUGGUCUUGUUACUAUCUCAUGGCUUUCUCCUUCUAUACUCGAAAUUUCGCUGUCAGAUCGCCCCUUCUGCUUUGAGAGGGUUGGAUUGUUCAUAAGAUCCUUGGGAUCCACUUUGCAUAAUGAGGGCGAGAUAUGAUCUCAGUGGAAAGCCUCCUGCUACUACUAUCUGUUAUGGCUUAAGCAUACAUGCGGUGUUGGAAGAUGUGUGUUGAGUGGUUCCAGCUUCAAGACCACAAUCUCGCUGCUUGUCUUUUGUGACAUGUUAACGCUAUCUAUUGACAAAUGUCAAACGCCAAAUGCCAACACUUUGCCUUAUGAUACCUUGGGCUACAUCUUGUACUAGCAGAUUCGGACGUGAACAAGAGAGGGAGCAAGAAAUCAAUCUUCGUACUGAAUGAAUCUAUCAUCCACAAAAUAGGGUACAAAUUAUUUC